AUGACGUUGAUACCCUUUUUGUUAUUAUUUACUUUUGUAUUUUCUAUUGAUACAAGUGUCUUCAAUAACCUUAGAAUUUAUCAGGUUAUGGUAAGUUCAUUCCAAGAUGGUGAUUCAAGUAGAGGAUAUUGUACUGGAUAUGGACCAUCAACACAUUGUGGUGAUUUACGAGGUAUUAUUAAUUCUCUUCAAUACAUUAAAGAUUUAGGAAUGAACGCAUUAUGGAUGACACCUGUCUUUAACUCAAAUGGAGGAAGUAAAUUAGAUUCAACUGGAUAUUAUACUUAUGACUACUUUAAUGUAGAUCCAAAAUUUGGAACAAACGAUGAACUUCAUGAGUUAAUUAAUAAGGCACAUAACCUUGGAUUAUAUGUUAUUCUUGACGGUGUAUUUGGACAUCACAAAUCAGGAAAUGUUGCAGCUAGUCCAAAUGGAAAAUAUCCAGAGGGAGGAAAUAAUCCAGUUAGUUACCCAGGGUCAUUAGAGUUUUAUAAAGAGGUUGCUACUUAUUGGAUUAAUAAUUAUGAAAUUGAUGGAUGGAGAUUAGAUCAAGCUUAUCAAGUUUCUACUAAAAAUCAAGACAAAAACUAUUGGACAGAUAUUAGAGAAAUUAUUGAGUCAACAUGUGAUAACAGAAAGAAUCAAGGAAAGCAGUGGGGAAUCCUUGGGUAUAUGGUUGGAGAAAUUUGGGACUCUGCUGAUAAUAUUAAUAAUUGGGGAUAUUAUGCCUCUGGUGGGUAUGGACUUAGAUCAUGUUUCCAUUUCCCAGGAAGGUAUUAUUUAGUUCAAACACUAGCAUGUGAAGAAUCAGGAAAAGGAGGGUAUGACGCUGAAAACUUAAAGAAUAUAUUCACAUCAGGAUAUCCAGAGUAUGCAUAUCCAAAUAUGUUUAUGACAAAUCAUGAUCUAUUGAGAUUUGGUAAUUUAAUUAGAAAGAAAUAUGGAUACGGUAGAGACAAUAAUGAUUAUUGGGGUAGACAUAGAGCUGCAAUUGCAUUCCUUGCUUCAUACACUGGACCAAUUACUAUUUAUUAUGGAGAUGAAGUUGGAGAUCUUGUAGAAUGUUAUAAUAACCCAGGAGAUUGUGGAGGAGCUUACAACGAUAAUGCUGCUAGAAGUGAUGGACAUAUUCAAGGAUUUGACUCAAAUGAACAAGCUCUUCAUGAUUUUACUGCAAAAUUAAUGAAAAUUAGAGCUUCCAAUCCUGCAUUAUAUCAAGGAACAAUCCAAAAUGAGAAAACCGAUAAAGGUUUGUAUAAAGUUGAUAAAAUAUAUGAAAAUAAUAAAGUCCAAGUAAUGAUUAAUGUUGGGACAUAUUCUUAUGAUGUUAAUUGUGAAAAAGGUACUGAUUUAAUUACUGGUAAAUCUUAUUCUGGUACUUGUCCUCUUACUGCAUUUGGUGUAAUUUUCUUAAAAUACAAUUAA